CUCUCCAUAGUAUUCGUACUCCCGUCAAAAUAAUCAUGAAGCUCGCCACUCUCUCUGCUAUUGUCUCUCUUUUCACUCUUGGUGCUCUUGCGGACCAAGUCACCUUUGACCCCGUCUACGACAACGCAAACCAGUCACUCGCUACUGUCGAAUGCUCGACUGGUUCAAACGGUCUCCUCACACGCAACUUCACCACGUUCGGCUCGCUACCGACCUUCCCCUUCAUUGGAGGUGCAUCUGCCAUCGCAGGGUUCAACUCAGCAAACUGCGGCUCAUGCUGGAAUAUUACCUUUAACGGUACAAGCAUCGUCGUGACUGCGAUCGAUUUCGCGGGAAGCGGAUUUAACAUUGGCGAGAUCGCUAUGAACAAUUUGACGAAUGGACAGGCAGAACAAGUUGGUGUUGUCCAAGCAACUGCGCUACAGUUGAACGCAAGUGCUUGUGGACUUUGAAGGGAAGGGAUGACGUCAUGGACUUAAUGUUGAACUUUUUCGUUCGAUUUAAAUUGGACUCUUUCGGGCAUUAAUGGACAGCUUCUGACCGAUGUUUUCUUCUUAAUACGUGAUGGACGUAUCAGAUUGCAACGUGUACUCGCUUUUCAACUUUGAUGUCUCGCAUAUACGCAUAUUCGCAAAAUUUGUAACUUCUUUUCGUCGUGGACAAUGGACAGUAAUCGAUGUUCG